UGGUGCCAGUUGCAGUUUCUCUGCCUCCCCGCAGCGGGCGUGUGGUCCCGGGACCUUCCCUUCUGGUGCGAGGCUCAGCUCCUCACAGUGAGGCAUUAACUCGGGCAGCUCCAGCCGGGGGCUGACACCCCACUCGCUUCACAGGAUGCCUUCGGGACAACAGGCGCAGGGUGGCAAAAUGUUCGGUAUCCUGAGAGCGCAGCAGGAGGAGCGCUUGGCUGGUGUGAACAAGGAAUUUCUGGAAGAUCAAAAAUAUAAAGAUGAAGAAAACUUAGCAGAAAAUCUGGAAUCUUUCAAAAAGAAGUACAUGGAAUUUGAUCUCAAUGACCAAGGUGACAUUGACUUGAUGAGCCUGAAGCAGAUGCUGGAGAAACUUGGAGUUCCCAAGACUCACCUGGAAGUGAAGAAGAUGAUUGCAGAAGCGACGGGUGGCAGCAGCGAGACCAUCUCUUACCGCAACUUUGUCAUCAUGAUGUUGGGCAAGUGCUCCACUGUCCUCAGAUUAAUAAUGAUGUUCGAAGGAAAAAGUGACGGAAAUGAUUCCAAACCUACAAGACCUCCUGCUAAGAGGGACAUCUCUAGCCUUCCGUGACCCUUUGGAUGAAGAACUGGGAAUGAUUGUGCACUUCUCUUGAAUUGUAAAUACCCCCGUGUGAUGUUCAUCUUGGACUUGUUGAGGUGGUGGCUGAAUGUUCCCUGUCAGUCAAAACUUAAUGUCAUGUUUGAUAUUUUUCAAAUCUAUGUGUUCCUGUACAGUGAUGCACAAAUCUAUUACUCAUUUGUCCAAUGCUACCCAACAGAACUUACAGACUACCCAAUAUCCCUUUGUUGUAGUCCCUAACCUUAAUAGAGAACUCCAUUUAGAUUUUGUGCUUGACUUGUGUGGCUAUCACAGUUACUUAUGAUCCCGGAGGUUGUGGUUUUGUACGCCAAAGACCUGAGCACUCAGUCAACAUUCCCCAUGGUGUGCAGAAUCGUCGGAAGUCUAAAAUUGGGUUAAUUCUUUGGUAGAUGUAAAAGGUUACAUGCGUUUGAAGCAAAGCUGGGUUCUAUGUUGUUUCCUGGCUGGUGCUUUUCCCCACUAAAGUCGAUUAUUGGACCAUUAUCACAAUGCUGUUGCGGCAUGUAUAUUGGUUGUCAUCUUUCUUAUACAUUAAAACUAGUAAUUUUC